AGAAGUAUUAACUAAACCCUAGCUCUCUUCACCUUGGGCGUACGGUUCUAGAGCUUGGAGACGCUCGAAGUCUUCUCUAUUUCGAUACAACUCGUAUCAACUGGUGCUUCCAUUGAGUUAUCAUGUCAGCCGAAGUAACCCAGGGUGAGGAAGUUGCCGCACUCCGUCAAUCGGUGGCGCACAUGCAACGGGAUAUGGAAUUGCGAUUCUCUCGUUUAGAAGCCCUCCUUCUCGCAAGCAGUGGGUCGCCCAGCACGCACGACCAGCAGAAGGACAACCGCAGGGAGUGCGAUACUCCUGCGAAACAAAACGCCGGGUAUGUCCCUAAACCAAAAUUGGAGCCUCCUAAAUGCGACGGUUCCGAUCCGCUACGUUGGCUUUACAAAGUGCAGGAGUACUUUCAGUUUUAUGACACACCACCGGAGGAGCGAUUACGAUGUGUUGCUUUGAUGUUAGAGGGCGCGGCCGCGGACUGGUUCCCUUGGCGUCGGACCAAUAACUUAUUGGCCGGCUGGGAGGACUUCGUCGACAAGUUCAAACUCCGUUUCGAUUCACAACACUACGUGGAUUAUCUGGGUCAAUUAGCAAAGCUGCGCCAGAGGGGUACCGUCAUGGAGUAUCAGGGUGAGUUCGAGAAAUUAUUACAACAUGUCACCGGUGCCGGGGAGGAUAUCUUGAUCUCCUUGUUUCAUGCCGGGCUGCGAUCACACCUUCAACAGGAGAUUGGAUUGCUCAAACCCGAGACUCUGUCUGAUUCUUUUGCCUUGGCCAGGGAACUGGAGGCCAAGCACACUGCCCUCGUUUCCGCCAUCUCACAACGCCCAUAUGGGGGGAGCAGUUACACCCCAUCUCGCGGAACGGGUCCGGGGUUACGGGCCGCACCCACCACACCCCUUCUACCGACACCUACUAAGGCCCUAGCCGAAAGCAAGAUGCCCUACACCAUUCGACGUCUCACCCGGGCCGAGCGGCUUGAGAAGGGCCUUUGCUAUAAUUGUGAUCAGAAGUGGUCCCGCACUCAUAGCUGUGGGCGUUUUCUCUUGUUGUGUGACGACGACCCCGGUGACGUCGACGACCCAGGUCCUACGCCGGAUGAACUCGUUGUGGAGGCCGAUAUCUCAAGUCUUAAUAACUUCAUGGGCCUCACAGCCCCACGAUCCCUACGGCUUCCGGGACGCAUUGGUUCAAAGGAGGUGCGUGUUCUCAUUGAUGGGGGUAGUACGCACAAUUUCAUCCACCCCGAGGUGGUGACUCGCCUGCAGUUACCCAUGCCAUGUACCGCUCAAUGUUUGGCCGUCCAGCUCUUCUUGCAAGACACGGCCUUUGUGGUGGACCUUUAUAUUCUCUCUAUUCAUGGACAAGAUCUCGUCUUGGGGGUGCAAUGGCUCCAGCAGCUCGGAAAAGUUGCCCAAGAUUUCGCCCAGUUAACUAUGGAGUUCACAUGGGAUGGCAAGGUCAUUACACUCCAGGGCAGCAGCCCCACACCGAAACCAGUGUCCCUGGCCAUGUUCCAAACUAUGCAAUCUCAUGAAGCCAUUCUUGAAUGUUAUGAACUGCUUGCUCUGACGCCGGAGGAUUCACCCACAGCUGCUGCAAAACCACGUGAGUUAGCUCUCUGCCCUGCCAUCGCCGAAGUACUCCACAACUAUGCUGAGGUGACAGUGAGAUUUAAAAUUGUGAUCUCUUGGUUAUCAAAGCUCUGAUACUAUGUUAAAGAUCCAACUCAAUAAAAAUCUCAAGACUGAUAUAUUUUUUACUCUAACGAGUUCGUUUAAAUUUAAAAUUUUUUAAAUGUAACCGUGUAAAAGUAUUUUCAAGCUUUUUUAAAAAAGAAAUAACCCAAAACAAG